GCUGGCUAGUUCCAUUGUUGACAUGGUUGCAUAUUGACAAAGUCGGUGUGCUUGGGUUUCACCUGGGUUCCACUCCUCGCGAGCUAAAUUUUGGACUCACUUUCGAGUUAUGUCUAUUUUAGCUGCACACAUCCGACCGCUGCAACGACUUGCUUAGAUGGCAUCAUCAAGAAGGAUAACAGUUUAUGGUAGCAAGCCGCCUUGCGCAAGCCAAGCUCGCGUGGAGGAACGUCGAAAGGCUGCACUUGCCAUUAAAACUGAAAAGGACCGUAAACCAGAUAACAAGCCUGACGAUUUCAUCAGAUAUGAGGACAGCGAAGAAGAGGACGAGGAGUGCUCACAGCAGGCUGUCAAAAUUUCGAACAGCUUCGUUGACUACAUGAGUAUCAGAGAGCGAAAUGGAGGCGCAAAAUCUUGUGAAAGACUGAGUGUGAGCUGCGAGCAUGGCACCAGGCACAUGCUCACACAUGAAAUGUUCAAAGAGCACAAUGUGAAACUUGGAAACAUGAACAAAGUUUUCUGCUCACAGUGGCUCAGCGACCGACAAGUGGUGUUUGGGACAAAGUGCAAUAAGAUCAUGGUUUAUGAUGUGGUAACACAGCGGUUAGAUCAAAUUCCUUCUCUUGUUGGAAGACGGGAAGCUGGGCCUGCAGGCGAUGGUGGACAGUGCGGGAUACAUGCAGUACAGAUCAACCCCUCUAGGACCCUUCUAGCCACAGGGGCCAGAAAUUCAAGUGAAGUAGCUGUUUACAGACUUCCAACGAUGGAUCCUGUUUGCCUUGGAGAGGGAGCUCACGGAGACUGGGUAUUUGACAUGUGUUGGCUUGACGACCAGUUUCUAGUGUCGGGCUCGAGAGACACGCGAAUUGCUCUUUGGAGGAUCAAGGACGAAGAAUUUGAAAAAGGGCCUGGGACUGCCGACAUGCCUAGUUACAAAACUAUCCAGCCCCUGUCAGUGAAAGAAUGCAAGUCGGCGCAGAAAGUGCGUGCGCUCACUUACAACAAGGCCUUUGAGGAGGUUGCAGCCCUGUCUCUCAAUGGGUUCAUUCACAUCUGGAAUGCCCACAACUUCAAGCAAAAACUGUCCCGAAAGCUGCCCUCUUGCCAAGAAAAUGUUUGCCUGGCCGUCCAGGACACUGGAAUGUAUGCCGUCGGCUGCCGCUCUUACACUCUUCUGUUAGACCCAAGAACUCUGCAACCAAUCAAGAAAGUUCCGUCUAGAUACAGUGGAUGUGGCAUUCGUUCUGCCAGUUUUCUAGGAGAAAUCCUUACUAUUGGCACCGGCGUAGGGGUGUUGAUGUUUUAUGAUCUGAAAGCCGGGAAGUACAUGGAGUCAAGUUUGAACCAGACUAGGACUGUGGCACUGAAAGCAUCCAAGGGUUGGGUGUAUCCUGAUGAAGAGUUUAUGGACGUCAUACAGCACAUAAAGUACACCCCUGCAAUUUACACCCACUGCUACGAUGCGUCAGGGACCAGACUCUUCACAGCAGGAGGACCAUUGCCAGCCAAUUUGUAUGGAAAUUACGCCGGUCUGUGGCAGUAAAGAAACACUCCAUUAGUUUAAUCAACUGUCAAUUUGUUGUUACGUGAGAAGGAUUUUGCGUCAUUUUUGUGUCCUUCAUAGUGAGAAGCAGGUGAGAAGAGCAAACGUAGUGCUGGUUUCCUAUUACUUGAGCAGUAUCAAUUUUUCCUUUAUUCCGAAUUCUAUGGUGAAUUGAAAAUUUUGCUUUUUUAUUACGAGCUGAGCUGCUUUUGAAAUACUCAAGUAUUCAAUAUUUCAAUAAUAUGUAUUUCUUGCAUCGCUGCAAACGGAGCCAUUCUUGAUUUAUGUCAUUAGCAUUGCUUUUAUAAGUUAUAAAAGGUUAUUGUUUCUAAAAUGCUGAGCGCGACGCUUGACAUUUAAUCAUUUUCUGUCUGUUUCUAAGUGUCAAAAUUUUAAUUGGUUGAACUCCACUAGAUCCUAAAUUUUUAUCGAUUUGAGUAAAAACAGCAAUGGAUUUUUACAAAUCAGCUUCAUACAAACAUA